AUGAUUGUAGUUGUAAAUGUUUGCCUGGUCGAAGCCGCCACCUGGUUGGAAGCCUUACUCGAAUCCGACGACGACCAAUCUGAGGUCGUCUUGGAUAUCCCCAAACCACCCCCCAGUGCUGCUCCCUCCGACCUCGAUCUAGACUUCUUGGAACCCACUAGUGCCGCCGGGUUGACCAAUUUUCUCAGGCAGAACAGUUCUCCCGCUGAAUUUUUGUCUCUGCUUAACGACUCCGACGGCUACUUCUCCAACCUUGGGAUUCCGGCUACUUAUGAUUACGUUUCUUCAUCUUCGCCUAAGCGCGCCCGCGAGGCUGAGGAUUUGGAUAAGCUUUCCCCGAAAUUAUCAUCAUCUUCCUCUACUCCGUUGAAAGGAGAGAAAGAUGGGCAAUUACAAGGUGGAAUCGGUGGAUCAUUGGAUGCUGAAAUGGAGAAGCUUUUAGGGGACUCUGUUAUGUGUAGGGUUCGAGCAAAACGUGGGUGUGCUACUCAUCCUCGCAGCAUUGCUGAGAGGGUGCGAAGAACACGAAUUAGUGACAGAAUACGGAAACUACAGGAACUAGUCCCCAAUAUGGAUAAGCAAACGAACACAGCAGACAUGUUAGACGAAGCUGUAGCCUACGUCAAAUUCCUCCAGAAACAGAUCCAGGAACUGACUGAGCAUCAGAGGAACUGCAAAUGCAUAAUGAAUGAUUGAAGGGUCGAUUUACUUACAUAUCGUGAUAUCAUAGGCAACAACUUGACGAACUUUGUGGGUGGAAAUACUGUCUGGGUUCCAAUGGCCCACCAUUAUCUGCUACUCCGUCUACUGCCUUCCAGUUUCUGUACUAUAUUUCUCGGAACUGUAAGAUAUUGUAUGAACAAGUUCUGUGUAUUAGGCACAUGCACCUGCUGCUAGGAAAUAAUUAUCUUCAUCCACAAUAUGAUGCUAGCACAUCAAAGAUCAGUAGAAAAUCUUCUGUGGUUACCUUGGUUGUAUCUUGUGGUCCUGAAAGGGGAAAAUGCGUCUUCUGACCUUGUUUCUAUCUCUUCUUUUCA